UCUCGCCUCUCGCCAGUUCGCCUCUCUCGGCUCUCGCGUGAAAUUCCCCUUUCCCCAUUCGCGCCCCCGCAGCCCCUCCGCUCCCACCGCCGCCGCCCGCCCGCCCGCACUAUUCCCCACCGCUGCCGGCGCGUGCUCGCCCGAUUCCGCGCCCACCCGCACCGGAUUUCACCUCCCGGUCGCGGAUCUGGUCCGUGGCGGCGGGGAGGAGAAGAGGAAAGGCGAACAACGUACCCGAGCGCGCGCGGUUGCGUCGAGAGGGCGGCAUCACCGGCGACGGCGCGGAGGCGGCCAUCGACGACGACCGUCUCGAGAAGCCCGUAGCUCCGUCCAGCCGCCAGCUUCACCGCUAGCUUCCGAUCCACCUCUUCCCGCAUCGUUCCGGCCGCACCAACACCCGUCCGUCCGCCGCAGGAGCCCGUGUAUAGCGGGGGGACGUCAGCCAUCGGCGCAGCUCCACCGCACCCAGCCGACCCGUUCAGCGUGACGACAACAGCAAAGGCACAGGGCUGUGUGAGGUGUUUAGUUCAGUUCCAAGAUCACCAAGACUGAAGUGACAGUUGUGCUGCACGCGGUGCUUAUAACAAAUAAUGGACGCAGCUGCUCAAGCUCGUAGAGCUAGAGCAGUGGAGGAACUACGGCGUCUAUCUGCACUUGCUGAUGAAUCUGAUGAGACACCAGCAGAGCGUCUAUCUACAGUUCCUGAAUCUGAUGGCACACCAGCAGAGCAGGAGUGUGACCACUUCUCCAUGAGGGGUUAUGUUGCUAUGAUGCAGAAGAAGGAUCCGAAACUUUGCUCUCCUCAUAUUUUCCAUAACCAGCCACAAUGUGAUGAACACCAUUCGUCCCCAGUUUUGGUGUCAAAGUAUCAUCAAUGGGAUUGCUCUAAAUGUCUUGAUAGAGUGAAAGUUUCAGGCCAUAGGCCUACACCUGAAAAUGUUUCUAUGGAGCAGGAUGGAAUGAAUGAUGACUGCACUAUUUCAAUUGUUCGGAUUAGAAGACUGUUUCCUUGCACACAGCAAUCAUCUGAUAGAUUGACCCUUUCAAAGGCCGCACAAGAAUCCAAUUCAAAAUGCAGUUCUCCUGGCAACAAAGCAAUUACUGCGAUGAACGUUCCAGUAGCUGAAGAAAAUGUCCCAGAGGCACUCGUUGAAAGAAGUGUUCCAGCGACACAAGAUUUACAGGCCUCUACCAAUAAUAUUGAUUUGUCAGCGAAUAUCUUGAAUGCUGCCUUGAAGGAUGUCAGCGAUUUACCUGAUGAUGUUCAAAAGAUACCAACCAAUGAAGAAAAUGGCACACAGAAUCUCAAUGAAGAAAAUGGCACACAGAAUCAAUGCAGUCCAGAAUCUUGUGUGGCUCCAAAUGAAGAUGAGAGCAACAUAGCUCAAGAUGUUCCGAAUGAUGACCCCAGUGAGACUAAUGUUUGUAAAACAGUAUCUGGGCACAAAGGCAAACAAAUAUCUGGGGACAAAAGCAACCAAGUCUGUAACAAGGCUCCAGGCCAAGCAUCAUCAAAAAGAAAUGUUGGAUCUGAUCUCAAAAUUUCUCAGAAGAAGCGAAAAAAGACGAGGCUGUUAUCAGAACUGAUACGCACUAACAAGGUAGGGGUUUCUGCAGAUGCCGUUCAAGUGGACCAUGCAAACAGUGUUGAUCUCAGUGAGCGUGGUAAAAGAAAAAUGCAUCUUGAGGUUGGAAAAGAUAAUGACACUCCUAAUCAGAAAGUGGACGAAAUCCAGUCAAGAGCUGUCAAGAACAAGGCAAAACACACAGGAGUAGACAAGGUAGACGAUGGAUCCUCUCUAAUGAACUGGCUGAAAAGCACUCAUAAGAAAGUUAGAACAGAGAAAAAAGACUCAGAACACAAGAAUCUUGAUGCCUCUGCUGUUCCAAACUCUCGCCCAGAUAUAGUUGCUUCUAAUGACAUGCAUCAUGAUUUUGUACCCUCAUUUGGGAAUGUGGGCCAGGAAAAGUUGCCAUCUACUACCAGUGCCAAUCAUGGGAAUGGAAAUGCACAGAAUGACAACCUGGAGCAAAAUUUGCAGAAGGUGGAUGACCUGCGCCAAAAUGAAUCCAGGAACUUGAAACAGAAGUUCUUCUCAAAUGAGAAAUCCACGAUUUUGCUAAAGAGAAAGGUACUGUCCACUUCAGUUUGCCAUGACAAGAACAUUGAGAACAGCACUAUAAAGAGAGAUAUGCUCAGGUCAGAUGAUUUACCUCAAAUGGAACCUGAAGGCUCUGUACAGAGAUGUUUGGCAAAGGUUUCACUUGAUAAACAGAAGAUUCAGAACGUGCCUGGCCUCCGCAAGAAGAAUGUACCAAAGAAUAAGAAGAAAGGAAAGCAGGAGGUGCAUGAGAAACAGAAUGUGAUGGAUGACUUCCCCAUGGACAUUGUUGAACUCCUCGCCAGAAAUCAGCAUGAGAGACAGUUGAUGUCUAACACCAAUUAUUUGGAAAACUGUCAUACUCAACCCAAGGUAGCUCAAGUUGACUGUGCUGAAUUUGCAGCCAAGGAUUGUGGAAUCAAUGCAUCAAAUGAGUUCAACACUAAUGUCCAGAAAUCUUUGGUAUCGGAAAGUCAGCAGAAGUCUUUACAGGAUCAUGCAUCAUCCAGUACAGAGGCUGCCAACGUGAAUCUGCAGGAUUUACAUGCUCAGAAGUCAUCACAGUGUCAUGCAGCAUCCAGCGCCAGCACCGAGGUUCCAAAUGGUCAUCCUCCAGAAUCACAAAUGGAGAAUUCGCCUCAGGUUCAUGCAUUACCCAUCACACGGUCUUUCAAUGUGUACCCUUCAAAAUUACCUGUCCUUGACAUUUUGGAAUGUACACAGGAACAACAGACACAUUUCCACAGGGACGAAGAAGUCACCAUUGCAUGUACCUCACCUCUAUUUCAAAACCAUCAAAAUAUUGCUGAAGUGCCUGCUCGGAGCUGGAGGGAUAAUGGGGAAAAUAAGUUAAUGUGGGAUUCUUUCAGGACAGCUUCAAGGAAUUCACCAAAACCAUCAUAUGGUUUUCAAUUUGGAAACAGACUUCAAGAAGCUGAUUCUGCUCCCAUUCAUGCAUAUGGAGCCUCUAGUAACUAUGCAGCUCACCAGCCAGUAAUUGUGGCUGUAGAUCCCUACACAAAGGAAGCAGUUAGCCUGGUUCAUCCAAGAAAUGUUCCAAGCACAGCAUUGACUAUGGGGUCUGGUAGGCUGUACGAUCAAAGGAUUCCUGGACAGUCAAGCCUUUAUCCAAAAGAGCCUGUGCCCGCUACACAUCUUCUGAGACUGAUGGACUCAUCAACACCUUCAGGCUUCACAAGCUAUCAAAGACCCGACAGGCGCCAGAUGGAACUUCAUCAAACACAAACUCUCGGUUCACAAUUUACGCAGCAUGAUCAGUAUAAUGCAUCACCGAGCACAUCAUAUGGAAGCCACAUAAUUGAAGAGGUUCCACUGACACUGCAGGACUUAUCUCGGCGUCAGCUCCAGCCAAACUUGCUCAGGCCUGUACGCCCUCAUCCUCGAGUUGGCGUGCUUGGUUCAUUGCUGCAGCAGGAUAUUGCAAACUGGUCUGAAAACUAUGGGCCACAGUCUGGGUACAGAUUAGGUGAUUCUAAAGGGACAACAACGCUUGAUAUGAACAGAAACGGAAACUACAAGGCCUUGAACUCAGGAAUGCUCUCAGCAGGAUGGAGUGCUCUGCAGUUGGGUUCUGUUACCUCUGUUGCCAAUCCAGAGUACCAAUUGCCAAGGUAUGGUACAGGUCAACCUUCUACCAGUGGCAAUGGGAAAACAAUUCAUCCGUUGGACAAGCUUGUGAGGAAGGAUAUCUGUGUGACUAACAGAAACCCAGCUGAUUUCACUGUAAUCAGUGACAAGAAUGAGUAUAUGAGAAGCAUUUGAGUCUAAGGCAGGGAGGAGUGUUGUAGUUAGAAUACAUUUAGAUUGUGAUACAUUUCACCUUAUCAGUGUCAAGCAAUCAUCAUUGGUAGAGGAAGGCUUUGUUGAAUCUUCUGCAAGGCUCUUUGUAAGACAGUUAAGGAUGUGCUGUUUCCAGGACGCAGAGCAGCAGCUACCAUAGCCAGGUGCAGCCUACAGUUUAUUAUCUUCAAAUGUUUUAUACAUAAGCGAAGAACUGAUGUUGGGUUGCCAUGGAAAACCCCAAUAAACUUAUGUCUUGUAGAUAGGCAAAUGUACAAGAGAAGCAUGUGAGGCUGUGGCCAUAGUAAUGUUUUUUUGCCUUUUUUUUUGUACUCCUGUCCCAGAAUACUCUGCAACUCUACAAUUCAAAAUUUAUCCCAAAAGAAUGGCCCAUAGGUGUGAGAUCUAAUGUACUCUAGGCUAGCAGGUGUAUCAGCUUACUGUACUCUAUGUCAUGUGGUUGAGCAAUGUGUAAGAUGGUAAACUCUUUCUGGCACCGAGUGUUGUAUAGCAUUAGACUACCCUGAUGAAGGCUUAUUAAAAGAAUGGCCGAUUCUUAGAUGAAUUAUGCUUCUCUUUUGAAAUC